AUGUCAACAAUUGGGAAUUUCGAGGGAUUUCAGCCUGUGUCUCUGAAACAAGACGAUGAUGAUCAACCUUCUGAAGCUGAUCACCUGUCUGUGAAGGAGGGGCAGGUGGGCAAGGAAGAUCGCAGGCCCAAGCAGAUCUCAAGGCAGUCAAGUGUGACUAAAUCAACACUCUACCCCAAUCCUUACCACCAGCCCUAUCUCUCACGGAAGUACCUCGUUACACGGCCAGGCACCAUUGAGACUGCCAUGGAAGACCUGAAGGGUCAUAUAGCUGAGGCAUCUGGAGAGAACAUUCAAGGUUUCUGGCUCUUGACAGAGAUUGACCAUUGGAACAAUGAAAAGGAGAAGAUUUUGAUGCUCACUGAUCAGACUCUCUUCAUCUGCAAAUAUGACUUCAUCAUGCUCAGCUGUGUGCAGAUGCAGAAAAUCCCCCUCCAUGCUAUCUGUCGCAUCUGCCUGGGCAAGUUUGUGUUCCCAGGGAUAUCACUGGACAAAAGACCAGGAGAAGGCCUGAGGAUCUCCUGGGGAAGCCCGGAUGAGCAGUCCCUGUUGUCCCGUUGGAACCCAUGGUCCACUGAGGUCCCUUACGCCACCUUCACUGAGCAUCCUAUGAAGUACACCAGUGAGAAGUUCCUUGAAAUUUGCAAGUUGUCUGGGUUCACAUCUAAGCUUAUUCCAGCGAUUCAGAAUGCCUAUAAGACUUCCACUGGAUCUGAACGAGGAAAGGAACUGAUGGUAUUAACUCAACCCAUUCUGAUUGAGACUUAUACGGGCCUCAUGUCAUUCAUUGGAAACCGUAACAAACUUGGCUACUCCCUUGCCCGUGGGAGUAUUGGUUUUUAAAAUUUUCUUAUUUUUCAGUUUUGUAUAUCAUCUUUAGAUGUGCCAUUGCUGAAUAUUUUGUUUAAUUUCAUGACAUUUUUGAACCAGAACAAUGAAUUACUUUCCCAGAUGACUUUGAAUAUUCUAUAAUUUAAGAAAUCUGAA